GCUGCAAUGGCUCUUGAAGCUCCCCUGAGGACAUCAACGGGAAGCAUCAGGUCGAUAUACCCUUCAUACGCCGAAAUGGCACUCUCCUCUGGACGAGAGUCCCCUGCGCUGACGUCCCAAUAUAUGGCCUCCUCGUCCGGCCCUGACUCCCAAGCCCUUCGUCCAAAUUCUUUUACGAGACCAAGCUCGGCGCAUCUUAUGAGCCCGAGCAGCGAUAUUGUUGGCCCUUCACCUGUGACUUCGAACGGAACCGAGACUACGGAAAUUGAGGACGAAGAGGUGGAAGACACUGAAGAAGCGACCGGGUUUGGGCGCAAUUCGGUUUGUGGACCUUGUCUAUGCCUUUUGUAUGAUAUCGUGCCGGUCAUAAUAACUAAUGGUUGCCAGUUGUUGAUGCUGAAAACGAACAUUCCGGAUCAUGUACGAAAAUCCGGAAGUGAAGAGGUCGUCUCGGUGAUACACGCGCCCCCAAAUUUUCAAGACUGGUCGCCCCCUAUGGUUAACACCAGAGUACGACCCGUGUCAUUCAAUCUUGAUGCUCCGACACCUCAGGCCCAGAAAUUGGAAGAUGUCUACGCCAAUGAAUCUACAAAAACACGAUCCAGCACUGCUAGCAGCCUUGAAUUGAUACCCGAAAUCAUUGAGAAUGACGGGGACGAGGAGUUUGAAGACGCGGACGAAUUCGCCAAUCCCACACGAGGCCAAGAUACCGAAGUGAAAGCACUUAAAGCGGCCCUUGAGGAGUGCUGGACAUUAUGCAAUACUCUCGCCAACCUCAGUUCGAUUCACCGAAAGCAAGUCUUCCACAGCUCUGGCACUCCUGAUGCCCACGAAAGGGCAUGGAAAUGCUGCUGGAAGCUCUGCAAACGAUUAUAUCACAGCCGAGACGACGUCUCAGAGUCAUUUGGAGUGCGGACCAAUCUAGAUCUAUGUCGGGACUUUUGUCAGUCACUCUUUGAUGUGAGGCAAAGGACCAAUGAGACGGCGGACUCGAUCCUGAGGGUCAGCUUUGAGCUCAACAAUCACGCUCAGGACAGCCGAACGCUCCCUGAAGCCUUCCGGGAGCGAACACUGGAUUUCUACAUCACCCUGUGUCACCGACUGAUGAAGCAACGCAACGACUUGGCCGAAGAAACCGACUCGUUGCUACGGGCAUGCUGGGCGCUGGCUGAGAUGCUCUUCAGCCUUCGGCAAAACCGAAGAGACGGAAAGGCCCCCGACGAAGAACUCCUUGGCUCAGCCGUCCAGGCUUGUUGGGAGCUGUGCGACAUAUUCCGUGAGGGCUGGACACAGGUUCGACCAGAUCGCGGUACACCGAGACCAAACCAGGUCAACUUUUUCGCGGCCAACCCAACUUUUGGCCUGCAAAUGAGCAGUCACCAAUCUGAAGUCGAGCGCUCCAAUGCCGGAAGCCGUGCCUCUCUACGCUCGAAACGGGAGAGUUUGCGGAGCCUGGGUGAACUUGAGCGACCUCGCGCACGACCCGUCGUACCCGAAACUCCAGUGACUGAAUUUGAAGAUACACCAAUCUCACCCGACGCCAGCCCACAGAUGCCCAACAUUCUUGUGCUUGGGACGUCGGACUCUCGCAGCGAUCGUGGGGGGCGUUGGUCGAGCAAUGCCUCGAACCUGUCUGGUUACAGCCAAAACACGUCCAGCACGGCCACCACAGCGACGACGAUAGAAGAUGUCAACAUCACCCGCAUCAAAGCCCUCGUCGUGAAGGCGGCACUCAACAUUGGUUUUGACCGCAGUGCACCGGGGGCAGAUGCGCCAUCCGCUCUACAAUCAUUCGUCAACGACCUCCCUCAGCACUCCUUUGGUGGGCUGCCCAACCAAAUCUCUUUGCUGCAGAAUUACAAGAAUCUCGUGUUAGCAGAUGCGUCAUUCCGCUCUCCGGCCACAUUACCCGCCCGUGGGAAGCGGUUCAACGCUGUGGAAGUGGCCAAGAGCGUCGGGUGGAUGAUGAUCAGAUCAGGCCAGUAUAACUUUUUGAGGGAUCUAUACCGGCUUGUCUUCGGGUGUCAGCUAGAGGAUGCCGACACGAGGAAGAAUGUUUCCAUUGUGGUAUAA